UGCACAUGCGCGGACUGAUGCAUUCUGUCACGGAUCGUCUCGUAAAAGGCAGCGGAACAUUGUGGUUUUUAAAUGUGCCUUAAUUCCUUCAUUUUUACGUGUGUACCUAUUCGUGUGACAAACUAAACUUUAUUCAUUCUUUGUGUCAGGAUGAACUCUACUCAAGGAACUUUGAAGCUUCUUAGGCGGACUUAUAGUCUUCGCCUGCUACUUAGCUUAGCUUGUUAGCUGCUAACAAAAUACAAGUUAUCAACACAUCGCUAAGCAAAAUGCUGAGAGUGUUGGUUAAUUAGCGACUAACUGCGGCUGUGGAAGAAAUAUUUGUAAUGUUAUAAAGAAAGAUAGCAGAGUACAAGGGGGAACUUUCUCCAACAAAAGAGGAGAAGGAGCGACAACGUCAACUACUGGACGCUGUUUUCUAGAAGCAUCGAGUUGUGUUGCACAGAACAGACGUCUGUGUAGAACAUCUUCUUCUUGAGCACCAGAAGUGGACCUUCAGGAUGGAGCAGGAAAAACCACAGCCCCCCAAUAUUACUCAGGGAGAGGAGGUGCCACAUCCCACCCACAUUAAAGAGGAAGAUGAGGAGCUACAGCCCCCCCUCUUUAAGGAGGAGGAGGAGGAACACGGCAUCAGUCAUAAUGGAGAUCAUCUUGAAAGACUGGAGGAGGUUGAUGUCCCCAAGAUGCCAUUGACUGGUGUCAUUGUGAAGAGUGAAGAUGAUGAGGUCAAAAGUGAAAGUGAGGAGAAGAGAGAGGUGGAGCCUCCAGGCAGCAGCUCAACUCAACACAUGACAACAGAAGCUGAUGGAGACCACUGUGGAGGAUCACUAGCAGACAAGCUCUUAGCUCCACUAUCAGAUAGUGAUGACACAAUGUCACAUUCUCCUCACACUGAAGAUAAAAUCUCUGAAGCAGACGUCUGUGAAGAACAUAUUUUUUCUGAGCAGCAGAAGUGGACCUCCAGGAUGGAGCAGGAAAAACCACAGCACCCCCAUAUUACUCAGGAAGAGGAAGAGCCACACCCCACCCGCAUUAAAGAGGAAGAUGAGGAGCUACAGCCCCCCUUCUUUAAGGAGGAAGACGAGGAACACAGUAUCAGUCAUAAUGGAGAUCAUCUUGAAGGACUGGAGGAGGUUGAUGUCCCCAAGAUGCCAUUGACUGGUGUCAUUGUGAAGAGUGAAGAUGAUGAGGUCAAAAGUGAAAGUGAGGAAAAGAGAGAGGUGGAGCCUCCAAGCAGCAGCUCAACUCAACACAUGACAACAGAUGCUGAUGGAGACCACUGUGGAGGAUCACAAGCAGACAAGCUCUUAGCUCCACUAUCAGAUAGUGAUGACAUGACUUCACACUCUUCUGACACUGAUGAUGAAGACCCUGAAGCUGAUACAACAUGUCACACUGACAACACACACUUUGAAUGUUCUUACUGUCGCAAAACUUUUAAUCACCGUCACAAUUUCAAAACACACAUGAGAAUACACACUGGUGAGAAACCUUUUUCCUGUUUAAGCUGUGGUAAAAGCUAUACACAAAAUAAUAGUUUGAAAAUACACAUGAGAACGCACACUGGAGAAAAAUCUUUUAUCUGUUCAGUCUGUGCUAAAAGUUUUGCACACAAUAUUAAUUUGAAAACACAUAUGAAAACACACACUGUUGAUAAACCUUUUAUCUGUUCAAUCUGUGGUAAAGGUUUCGUUCGAAAUAGGGAUUUGAAAACACACAUGAGAAUACACACUGGUGAGAAACCUUUUUCCUGUUUAAGCUGUGGUAAAAGCUUUACACAAAAUAAUAGUUUGAAAAUACACAUGAGAACGCACACUGGAGAAAAACCUUUUAUCUGUUCAGUCUGUGCUAAAACUUUUGCACACAAUAUUAAUUUGAAAACACACAUGAAAACACACACUGGUGAUAAACCUUUUAUCUGUACAAUCUGUGGUAAAGGUUUCAUUCUAAAUAGGGAUUUGAAAACACACAUGAGAACACACACUGGCGAAAAACCUUUUGUCUGUUCAGUCUGUAGUAAAGGUUUUUCAAGAAAUUGGGUUCUGGAAAUACACAUGAGAACACACACUGGAGAAAAACCUUUUAUCUGUUCAGUCUGUGCUAAAAGUUUUACACACAAUACUAAUUUGAAAACACACAUGACAACACACACUGGUGAAAAACCUUUUAUCUGUUCAAUCUGUGGUAAAGGUUUCGGUCGAAAUCGUGAUAUGAAAACACACAUGAGAACACACACUGGUGAAAAACCUUUUGUCUGUUCAGUCUGUACUAAAGGUUUUACAAAAAAUACCAUUUUGAAAACACACAUGACAACACACACUUGAAAAAAACAUUUUAUUUGUUCAAUCUGUGGUAAAGGUUUCACACAAAAUAGUGACUUGAAAGUACACAGGACAAUACACCCAGGUAAAAAACCUUUUUCAUGCUCAAUCUGUGCUAAAGCUUUUGUACGGAAAGGUCCGUUAAAAAUACACAUGAAAAUACACACCAGUGAAUAGGGAUGGGAAUCAAAAACCUGUUCUUGUUCAGAACCGGUUCUCAGUAUAUCAAUUCCUUGGAAUCGCUUGCCAUCGAUUUUUCCGGGUGGGGAUGACGUCAUUACGCGAAGUGCGUACAGCGUAGUGACGUCAGACCUCAAGAUGGUGAUAAAACAGAGAGAAAGGUAAUGCAGAGUAAAGUAUGCACUAUAUAUUCAUGCUUUAUUUGAAUGAUUAUGUUUGCAUGUUAAAAAUGCUAAAGCUUAACUAAUAAGA